AUGGCUCUGGCCACCCCGACCGCCGUGGUGCUGCAGCUGAUGACCAUGGGGCAACAGUCCGCGGUGCACCUCGGGGAGCUGCUCCGAGCGGCUUCCCCGCCGGUGCGGGCGGAGCACCAGGCGCUCGCCACGGAGAUCCUCCGCUGCUGCGACCGGGUGAUCGCCACGGUGAGCGCGGGCGCCACCGAUAAAAAGAGGAAGAUGACGGACCCUGGCGCCACAUUCUGCCAUCUUCCCGCGGCCGCCAUGCCGUCCAAAAGAAGGGUGCGUGCCGCGGAGGCGCAUAGAGAGGUCCAGACCGACACGACGGCGGACGGGUUCUUGUGGAGGAAGUACGGGCAAAAGGACAUCAACGGAAGCAACCACCCGAGGCUCUACUACCGCUGCGCGUUCAGAGGCGAGGGCUGCGCCGCGACUCGGCGGGUGCAGCGGUCGCAGGAGGAGCCCGCGGCAUUCGUCAUCGCCUACUACGGCGAGCACACCUGCGGAGCCGGCUUCGGCGACGCGUGCCAGCAAGGGGCGGCGCCGGUUCCUCCUACCGUCGUCGACUCCGGCUCAAACGCUCGUGGAGCCGUUGGUGACGUGGACUGGAACAGGGGCUCGCUUCUGCUGCCGUCGCUCCCAGCCGAGCACGGCGCACGCCGUCGCGGCGAGGCGCCCAGUGACACCUCGCGGCGAUUGUUGUCGCCGUCGUCCUCGUCCUACUCGUCGGAGGUGGAACUUGGUGCUUCUCCUGUCGGGGAAUUUCUCGAUGGCAGCUUCGACUGGGAGUGGGAGACCGUUGUCAACUCGCUCCGUUUCGGCGAUCUGCUUCAGUAA